UUAAGUAAUUCCAUCGAUCUUCCCAAGGCCUUGUAAGCUGAGAACUUUACCAUUCUUCAACACUGCGUGUCCCAGCUUUCACUCUCUGCUUCUCUCUCUUUUGAGUCUCCCAGAGGUUCCUGUUUUCAAGCCUUCUCCUUCAUCGCUUGGUUUUUCCUGGUAGCCAAAAAGGUAAGGCCUUUGAACCCCAAGCUUUGCACUUCCAACAUUUUCUCUCCAACGGUCAUAUUUUCUCUUUGAUGUGGAGAUGUUUUCUUUGGUCUUGGUGGUUCUUGCUCUGUUCAACUUUCAUGGUUUAGCGACUUGUUUGAACAAUGAAGGCUAUGCGCUUUUGUCAUUUAAGCAGUCCAUUUAUGCGGACCCUGAAGGGUCUUUAAGUAACUGGAAUUCUUCCGAUGACAGCCCUUGUUCAUGGAAUGGGGUUACAUGCAAGGAACAAAGAGUUGUUUCUGUUAGCAUUCCAAAGAAGAAACUCUAUGGGUUUCUUCCUUCUGCCUUAGGCUCUUUGCCUGAUCUUCGCCAUGUAAAUUUGAGGAACAACAAAUUCUUUGGUGGUUUGCCUGUUGAGCUUCUUCAAGCUCAGGGCUUACAGAGCUUAGUUCUUUAUGGGAAUUCCUUAUCCGGGCCUUUGCCUACGGAAAUAGGGAAACUUAAAUAUCUUCAAACAUUAGAUUUAUCUGACAAUGUCUUUAAUGGGUCAUUACCCUCAUCACUUGUUCAAUGCAAGAGACUAAGGGCCCUUGAUCUCAGCCAAAACAAUUUCACUGGUUCUCUGCCAGAUGGGUUUGGGUCUGGCUUGCUUUCUCUUGAAAAACUUGAUCUCUCAUUCAAUAAGUUCAAUGGUACAAUUCCUAGUGAUUUCGGAAAUCUGUCUAGUUUGCAAGGAACUGUUGAUUUGUCUCACAAUCUCUUCACUGGUUUAAUCCCUGCUAGUCUUGGAAAUCUUCCUGAGAAGGUCUAUAUUGAUCUCACUUAUAACAAUUUGAGUGGGCCAAUACCCCAAAAUGGUGCUCUUAUGAACAGAGGACCGACAGCAUUUAUUGGGAAUCCUGGGCUUUGUGGCCCCCCAUUGAAGAACCCUUGUUCUUCAGGUACUCCAGGUGCGAGUUCACCUUCUUCAUUUCCGUUUCUGCCAAAUAACUACCCUCCUGGAAAUUCAGAUGAGAAUGAGGGUAAAAAUGAGAGAGGAAGAGGACUAAGUAAGGGUUCUGUUAUUGCUAUAAUAGUGAGUGAUAUAAUUGGAAUUUGCCUUGUUGGGUUGCUAUUCUCCUAUUGUUAUACAAGGGUCUGCUCAUGUAGUAAGGAUAAGGAUGAUAAUGGUUAUGGUUUUGAGAAGGGAGGGAAGGGAAAGAAGGACUGUCUGUGCUUCAGGAAAGAUGAGUCUGAGACAUUAUCAGAAAAUGUAGAGCAGUAUGAUCUUGUGCCACUGGACACACAGGUGGCAUUCGAUUUGGAUGAGCUGCUUAAAGCUUCAGCUUUUGUUCUGGGGAAGAGUGGAAUUGGUAUCGUGUACAAAGUUGUGCUUGAAGAUGGGCUUACCUUAGCCGUGAGAAGAUUGGGUGAAGGGGGCUCUCAGAGGUUUAAGGAAUUCCAGACAGAAGUAGAAGCAAUUGGCAAGCUGAGGCAUCCUAAUAUUGCUACACUCAGAGCCUAUUAUUGGUCUGUUGAUGAAAAGCUGCUCAUAUAUGAUUAUAUACCUAACGGAAGCCUUGCCACUGCAUUGCAUGGGAAGGCAGGAAUGGUAUCAUUCACACCAUUAUUGUGGUCUGAUCGACUAAAAAUCAUUAAAGGCAUAGCCAGAGGCUUGGUUUAUCUGCAUGAAUUCAGCCCCAAAAAAUAUGUUCAUGGAGAUUUGAAGCCAAGUAAUAUCUUACUUGACCAGAACAUGGAACCACACAUUUCUGAUUUUGGACUUGGAAGACUUGCUAAUAUUGCUGGAGGAUCUCCAACCAUGCAAUCUAACCGAAUGCCUUCUGAUAAACCACAAGAGAGACUACAAAAGAGUGCUUCCUCAGAAGCUACUGCCGUUUAUUCCUCAAUGAACUUGGGAUCUUAUUACCAGGCUCCUGAAGCCAUGAAAGUGGUAAAACCAUCACAGAAGUGGGAUGUGUACUCAUAUGGGGUAAUCCUGCUAGAAAUGAUCACAGGGAGAUCACCAGUGGUUUAUGUGGGCACCUCAGAAAUGGAUCUUGUUAAUUGGAUUCAGCUGUGCAUUGAGGAGAAAAGGCCACUUUCAGAUGUUUUAGAUCCAUAUUUAGCCCCAGAUGCAGAUAAAGAGGAGGAGAUAAUUGCAGUUCUAAAGAUCACAAUGGCUUGUGUGCAUAGCAGCCCUGAAAGAAGACCUACCAUGAGGCAUGUCUUUGAUGCUUUGGAAAGGUUGGUCUUAUCCACUGAUUAAGAAAUCGAUUAAAUCCAAGAAUCCAGUGCCUCAUGGGAUAUACUUGAAAUUCUUUACAUCAAGCUGAGGAUGGUUUCAAGAUUAUGGUUAGUUCCGCUUCAACUGAAAUGAUGUACUCCUAGAACAAUUGUGACAGUGGAGAGAAGCGAUGCAAUUGUGCUCUAAAGCAAAUGGUUGUCUUUAUUUCUGUAGGAUUCCCUUCUUUGUCUCGAGGGCUAGGUGAUGGUAGGUCUGCUAUAAGAGCUGCUGUGAGUUUUUAACUGCUUUUGCAUGAAUUGGCUGUUCGCAUAUACUGUACGUGAUUGGUGUUAUCUUCUUGCUCUUACAGCAGACCCGUUGUCCCUUGUUUUUCUUGGUCAAUAAAGUUAAUAUUUUAUUUGUUUGUUUUGUA